AUGGGAUCAUACAACGUGGUCCUUCACUCUGGGGCUUGGGGCAUCAUCCUGGAGGUGGUGGUGGGGGCAGGCGUCAUCACCACUUUUGUCCUCACCAUCAUCCUCGUGGCCAGCCUCCCCUUCGUGCAGGACACCAAGAAGCGGAGCUUGCUGGGGACCCAGGUGUUCUUCCUGCUGGGGACCCCGGGCCUCUUUUGCCUCAUCUUUGCCUGCGUGGUGAAGCCUGACUUCUCCACCUGUGCCUCUCGGCGCUUCCUCUUUGGGGUCCUGUUCGCCAUCUGCUUCUCCUGCCUGGUGGCCCACGUGGCAGCCCUCAACUUCCUGGUCCACAAGAACCACAGGCCCCGGGGUUGGGUGGUCUUCAUCGUGGCCCUGUUGCUGAGCCUCGUGGAGGUGAUCAUCAAAACGGAGUGGCUGAUCAUCACGCUGGUGCGGGCAGGUGGCCCUCCGGCCAACGGCAGUGCCGGCUGGGCCACCACCUCCCCCUGUGCCAUCGCCAACAUGGACUUUGUCAUGGCGCUGAUCUACGUCAUGCUGCUGCUGCUGUGUGCCUUCACGGGGGCCUGGCCCGCUCUGUGCGGCCGCCUCCAGCGCUGGCAGAAGCACGGGGUCUUCGUGCUGCUGACCACAGCCACCUCCAUCGCCAUCUGGGUAGCCUGGAUUGUCAUGUACACCUACGGCAACCAGCAGUGCGACAGUCCCACGUGGGAUGACCCCACACUGGCCAUCACCCUCGCCGCCAAUGCCUGGGCCUUUGUGCUCUUCUAUGUCAUCCCUGAGGUCUCCCAGGUGACCAAGGCCAGCCCGGAGCAGAGCUACCAGGGGGCCCUGUACCCCACCUGGGGCGUGGGCUACGAGACCAUCCUGAAAGAGCAAGGGCAGAGCAUGUUUGUGGAAAACAAGGCAUUUUCCAUGGACGAGCCAGCCUCAGCUAAGAGACCAGUGUCACCGUACAGCGGGUACAAUGGGCAGCUGCUGACCGGAGUGUACCAGCCCACGGAGAUGACCCUGAUGCACAAAGCCCCAUCUGAAGGAGCCUACGACGUCAUCCUCCCGCGGGCCACUGCUAACAGCCAGGUGAUGGGCAGUACCAACUCCAUCCUGCAGGCCGAAGACAUCUACACAGCCCAGAGCCACCAGGACGCCACCCUGCCCAAGGAAGGCAAGAACUCUCAGGUCUUUAGCAACCCCUACGUGUGGGACUGAGGCGGCACCAGGAGGAGGCGGGCAGAUCUGGGGACCUGGCCUGGGCGAGGGUCUUCCUGGGAGCCCUGCUCUCCCCUCUUCCUCCCCCUCGCUGGCUCAGGCCAGGUCAUGGGCCUCAGCCCGGAGGCCCUCACCCACUUCUCAGUGUUUGUGGAGUCCAGGAGCCAACUCCGGCUUCGUGUCAGGGUCACCUGGCUUCGUGUCAAGAUCACCUGUGGCGGCCACGCUCCAGCUAAAUAGUGUUCUUCCUAGGGUGGCGGCCAGUCAGCGCCUACAGUCUCUGGAGUCUUCGGAGAGAUUCCUGCAACCUUGAGAGAUGUCUCAGGCGCUUCUGUCCUGGGUCUUGCUCCUCUGUGAGCGGCAAGGGUGCCUAAUAAACACGUUUCU